AUGCAACAAGAAGGGAGUAAUAACGAAAUACGCGAUAAUGGUCAAUCUGAGCAAGAACAGAUAGAAAGUGAACAGCCUGGAGUUGACGACAGCCAAAUGUUCCCUGAGACUGAGGGAUUCCUUGUAGCUAUACAGGACCAGGUCAUUCCUACCAACAAUUACAAGAGGUUCAUACUUAAGAACUUGCAACAGUCUGAUAAAUGCAGGUACGGCUGUCAGGACUCCGAAACAAUACAGCACGUAACUGGUGGAUGCCAAGCAUUCGCUCCAACGGACUAUAAGGAGCGCCACGACAUAGCUGCCAAAAUCAUUCACCAGGAGUUGGCAUACAAAUUCAAACUGAUCGAAUGCAAGCUACAGUACUACAAAUAUACACCGCAAUGUGUCCUCGAGAACGACAAGUAUAAACUAUACUGGGAUCGCACUGUGCUUACGGACCAAUACAUAAAACAAAACAGACCUGACAUAAUCAUUGUCGACAAGGACGCCCAGAAAGUAACACUGAUUGAUGUGGCCAUACCUAAUAGUAACAAUUUAACAUACAAACAUAAUGAGAAAGUUGCAAAAUACAGGGAGCUAGAAUUUCAAAUUAAACGCCAGUGGAAAAUGAAGCAGGAACUGGUGGAGGAAGUGAUACGCGUAGGCUGGCUAAUACAAUGUGAGAGACCAUAUGAUGAAAAGGCGUUAACAAAGUCAAAAGCAAUAGGCGAGCAACUGGUAAAGUCUAGAUUCAAAUCGCCGACUAUGAUUAUAUUUUUAUACCUAGAAUACAAAUAA